AUGGACGAGGAGAUCGCCGAGAAAGAGGUCGACGCCAGCAUGCGGGAACUGGACGAUGCGGCAGAAGAUCUUGGAGAACGAGAAGCCAAGGAUGGAAAGGCGGAGAAGACGAGAAAGAGGUGGAGAAGAAAGAAAAAGAGAAACCACGAUGAACAGCGUGGUGGUAUGUGGGCCACGGAGAACAAGGCGAUCGUGGACGAGGCGAUCGUUGUGAACGCAGUGGCACACGUUCGCGAAAACGAGUCUGAAAACAACUCGGACAGCUACAUGGAGGCGGCCGCCAAGGAGGGCGAGGCCCUUCUAAAGGAACUCGGCCUCAAGGACAACAACGUCCCAGACAGUGGCCGUAGGCGCACACGCUCGCAGACGCGGGGCACCACGGCUGCUCCCGCUGAACGGAAGACCCCUACCAAGCCAGCGCGCGGUGCCAAGAAGGCUGCGGCCUCCAAGCGCAGUAAGAAGGAAGAGAGUGAAGAGGAGGAGGAAGAAGAGGCAGCCUCUGCUGAGGAGGACUCGACGACGGCCGCUUACGAGGACGGGUCAGCAGACAGCGUAGAGAAGAAAGAUGAGAAGGACAAGGUGAACAACGAGGAGGAUGCAGGCAAGGCACGGCUAGCAGAUUCCGAGGAUGCCAGCGCCGAUUACACGGAGGAACCAGAGGUCAAAAACACGGAAGAGGAGCCAACCACAGACAGUGGCAGCAAGGCGACAGCCAUGACGACCGCUGACCCGAAUUUGAUGUAG